AUUUAAUGAUAAUUUAUUAUGAAAUCACAAUUGAAUCAAAACAAUCAAACUAAAAAUUAAAUUUACUGUGACACUGGUAUACGAUUCCAUUGAAGUUCCAUAAACUCUUUGUGACUUGACGGGAUAAUUAAAAAAAUGACAGCAACCAAAUUCUAAAUUGACAAGUGAAAGAAAAUGGAAACGUAAACUUAAAUCAAACUACAAUGAAAACUUCAAGAUUAAAAGACAUUGUUUAAAAUUCUUUACAAUAACCAAUGUUAUUGUUAAACGUACGCUUUAAGACUAAAAGUUACACGAAACCUUGUUUCUUUGUUAUGUGAAAAAGGUUAUAAUAUUAUGACUCAAGGUGGUUCCGUGUUCCGUCCGCCUUUUAUGGGUUGAGAAAGGCUUAAUGUCGUGCUAGGGUCAGUUCAUAUUCGUAUUCCAAGAUGAGUGACCGCGAAGGACCGAGUGGCUCAGGCCAAAAGGGAGACAAAGAAGAAAAAUUUAGCAGGACCCCAUCCCAACCAAUGCCUACUGGGUCAAGAUCGAGUAAUGAUUACAGUUACUAUGCUAAUGAGCCUAUUCAAUUCCGAGUGAGAGGAUCCACAAUAACAGGUGCAUCUCCCCCAAAAUUUGUGACCCUUGAGGACAUAAUGAAAGCAGCACAUGGCAUGCAGAACAUGGCCCUUGCUCAUGAAAUCGCUGUGGGUCAGGACUUCAAGCUGGAACCAUUUGAACCACCAGAUAACAGUUAUCAAAAGCUUGUCAAAGAAACAAUGCACAAAGCAUACUUUGAUAUACUGAGGGAGCAAUUGAACUCGGAUCCACCAGAAUACAAACAAGCGCUUGUCCUGCUUCAAGAUGUGAAACAGGGAUUAUUUUCAAUACUUCUUCCUCGUCACAAAAGAAUACGAGAAAUGAUUGAGGAAGUGUUGGACCAUGACUUUAUCAAACAGCAAGCGGAGAACAAUAGUCUUGACUUCAACAAGUAUGCCACUUUUGUUGUGGAUCUAAUGGGGAAACUUGCCGCACCAGCGCGAGAUGAGAUGAUACAGAAUAUAACAAAGCUGACAGAUACUGUGGAUAUAUUCCGAGCUAUUCUUGAAACAUUAGAAAUAUUAAAGCUGGACUUGGCCAAUACAUUGAUUGCAAUGAUCAGACCUCAUGUGCAGCAAGAGAGUGUGCAAUAUGAGAGGACUAAGUUUGACGAACUGCUAAAAGUCUCUGAAGACGGUCUACAAUACACGAGAGAGUGGUUACAAAGACACAUAGACAAGACGGGCCUGACUAUACCGGUGACUGACGCAAUAGCCAUAAGAAAUGUCACCGCACAAACAUUGGCUAAAGCUUAUUUAGAACUUUUAGAGUGGGACAGUUCUAAGAACUAUCCAGAGACAGUGUCACUAGAUGCUUCCCGUUUCGCUGAACUAGGUACACAAGUGUAUCGACUGAUCUGUACAGCAUCUAUACUGUUAGUGAGCCCCUCAUGUGGUAAUGAUCCCUCCAUAGCCACACAGAAGCAGCAAUUAAAGGAGAAAAUCAUAAUUAUACUGGAUAAUACAUCAAAUGACAUUGAACUGAAAUCGAUAUUGCCUUCAGUAGCGGCAGAAAUUAUAGUCUUUACGGAGAAUCUUCUAGAAGGACUGAACCAGGCCGCCCUCAGCGGUGAUACUAAAGAACUCAUACAGUCACAGAUUUUAUCACUCUCUGAUCCCGAACAUAGAGUCAGACAGAUUGUCCGUCAAAGAAUAUUCGAGUUUCUCAAAGAGAUACUGGUAUGUGGCGGAGGUUCUCGUCAGAUACCUGUGGGAUUGUCAGCUUUUACACAGGAACUGACUUCAGUAUCGGGUACUCUUCUACGCUAUGUAAUGCACAACAAAGCUGUAUUCACUAAAUACUACUUAGACAUCGUCGCUGAGGAAUUAAGUAAGAAUUAAGUUUUUUUUUUAUUAAUUUAACACUUAUAUUUAAGUUGUACUCGCAUUUAUAUGGAUAAUGACUGCAAUUAAAAACAUUAAUAUUAUAACCUAUAACCCAAAAUAAUAAAUAUAUUUUCUUUU